AUGCCUCGCCAAGGAAGAAAAGCAAGAAAGUCGCAUGGAUGGAUGCUUCGACGACUGAAUCUCAUGGCAAAAGCGUGGCCACUAUCGAAGACUAGACAAGGUCUCCAUGAAGAUGUCGCCAGUAGCCCCAAGCGUAGCCACAAAAUUCAGUCCAGCUUAGCCACAUGGCCCAAGGAUUGGGCGGAGACAGGUAAGACGCAGGAAUUUGUCCAGACUGAACAGAGUUUGUGUGUUCUCCCUAGUCGCUUCCUUCUUCCUUUCCAGCCAAGAAGACAGUUGGCCGUCUCACCGUUGGAUAUACGAACGGGAUCGAUUGGCCCCCAGAAGAAGUACCAAUGUCACAAGUGGAAGUCUGUGCAGAGAGCUAUGACUGCUGCGUCUAUUUUCCUAGCCACUGUAGCUCCGGAAGAGUUGACUCAAAGCGGCCAGUGCAGUGCAUAUCAUGGGUCCUGGUGGGCACCGUCGCAUCGCUUGCUUUCUUCACCCUCCCCUUAUUUGUUCCUUUCCGUGCCGUCUGGCAGGUAUACUCCCGAAGUCUUCCCUGACGGCUCGAUUGGAGAGCCAGGAGCGGAUCGCCAAAGAGGGGGAGGGCUGCCUAAAGAGGAGUUGAGGGUAGUGGAGAUGGCCUCUGACGGAGUAGUUCGCUAUGGAGCCGUACGUAGACGCCGACUCGGCAAAUGCACGGUCGUCAAAGUCAUCGUAGCACGGCUUGUGCAGAAGAAUUUGCCGUUCCAGACCCUCUUUUCAUUUAUUUCUUUUUCCCUCGUUGGUCUUUCGCAAGCGAUUGAUCCAUCAGACCCCAUUGCCAGUGGUGCGACAAACCAACCGAUCCGACACUCCCUAGUUCCAGUUUCUGACCCGGAUGUGCCGAGAAUAGACCUGAGGGCUACUAGAAAAUGGAGGGAAGCGGCCGCCGUUCCCGGGCACGCGGCUAGCUCGUGGGUUCUUUUUCUUGGUUGGAUGAGGACGACGGCACAUCCACGGCUCCAAUGGCCCACUGAUGUUCCUGCCACUCGCUACAGUCGGUGCACACUCAUCCGUUGGCACCGGUCACGAAUAAACUUCUUUGACAGCGGGAGUGCCGUGGAGAACGAGGCCUGUUACCAGCUGAUUAGAAACGCUGGAAAUGGAAUCAAGAAGGUGUGGGUGGUGGAAAAAGAGAGUUUCUCACUCGAUUUGUCAGAUCUCAAGGAAGACUCGAAGCUGGAAUCCACCACAACCACCAUACCAAGACAUGGGAUCAAGGCGUCAGCUGCAUUGGAGAGAGUUCACUGCAGCUCUGACAUGGUGGUAGUAUCAGCGACAGGCCGCGUCAACACGACGUAUCCGGCCUCUAGGAUGAGCGAUGGAGCUUUCCAGAUCUGUGGAAGGGGUAGUACAAGGAAAAUCCAAGUAACUCUAGCUGAGCACAUUUAUCAGGUGGUACUGAGGCUAAUCCUGCGGUGUAGCCAUUAUCGCGGCAUCAUCGCCUCUAUCCCCUUAAAGGGAUUCGCAAGCGCAAAAACGAAGCGGGGGGAGGAUGGUAACUUCGUGAUACCAAGUAAUGGGUAUUGGAUAGAUACGGUAAAUCCAUACAUCAGUUACCGCGCUGAAGACGGGGCACAGCAACUCCUUUGUCACACUAAACCCAAAGAGAUAAUCGGGGCAAUGCCCAGCCGGGCAUCUGGGAAAGAUCGGGGAACCCACAUGGUCCCCGAAGGGGAAGACAUAAACCCCGAUCAGAGAGGGCAUCCAAUCACGGGCUUUCCUGCCAAUUCUUGCUGCGUCCUGUAUGUACCCUUCAACACAUUCACCACUCCCUCACCCCUCCCCUCUUCUCAAAUCUCCACCUCCAUCAGAUACCGCGCGACGUCAUGGGUCUCUAACCAUCUACUCCAUACUAGCUAA